GUUUCUUACUCUCUUUCAGCCAUUUUUCAAUUUGACUAAGCUGAGAAUACUUGGCCUAAGUGACAAUGAGAUCCAGCGGCUGCCGGGAGAUAUUGCUAACUUCAACCAGCUCGUAGAGCUAGACAUCUCUCGAAAUGACAUUAUGGAACUCCCUGAGAGCAUUUCAUAUUGUAAAACCCUCCAAGUAGCAGAUUUUAGUGGAAAUCCUUUGACAAGGUUGCCAGAAAGCUUUACAGAAUUACGCAAUUUAACAUGCCUUUCCAUCAAUGACAUUGCUUUACAAGUACUUCCAGAAAACAUUGGAAACCUCUGUCACUUGGUAUCACUGGAACUCCGAGAGAACUUGCUGACAUUUUUACCAGAGUCUCUGUCUCAGCUUCAGAAACUUGAAGAACUGGAUGUUGGAAGCAAUGAACUGUAUAAUUUGCCUGAGACAAUAGGCUGUCUUGUCAGUCUGAAAGACCUGUGGCUGGACGGAAACCAGCUGUCUGAACUACCACCGGAGCUGGGGAGUAUGAGAAGCCUUACCUGUCUGGAUGUAUCUGAGAACAAGAUAGAGCACCUCCCAGAGGAGAUGGGGAACCUCCUCUCCCUCACUGACUUCCUGGUGUCCCAGAACCUCAUAGACAUGCUGCCGGAGAGCUUAGGAAAAUUAAGACGGCUUUCAAUAUUGAAAGCAGAUCAAAACAGAUUAGUCCAUCUGCCGGAGAGCAUAGGCAACUGUGAAAGCCUGACAGAACUAGUGCUGACAGAAAACCAAUUGGUGAGUUUGCCAAGAAGUAUUGGAAAACUAAAGAAACUGUCCAACUUCAACUGUGAUCGGAAUCGUCUAAUGUCUUUACCAAAAGAGGUAUGCCAUCCUAGUCAUUGGGCCUUCCUUAUUCACGAAACACAGGCAGAACAUUUCAUAAGGCGGCAGGCUUAGGUGACAUAACUGUAACAUAGUUAUUUCCAAUAGUUUUUUCCCCCAUAAACUACACAAAUGUAAAUUUGUAUCUGCUCUUCGUGUUACUGUGCUAGUGUUAAAACGUACAACCUGUAUAUUUUGUUCCAACCAAAGUCACUUAAAUACACAUCGAAUUGUAGUUCUUAGUUUAAAUAAUCAUUUAAAACAUCUUACUUACACUUCACACUCCAUGGGUGGCAGUGUGUGUUUACUGUACAUAUGCAGUUAAUACAGUGGUGCCUACGGCAAAUUCUCAGUAACUGUUCUGAUACAUUUGGAACUAGUUUUUCUUGCUUUUGCUAGUUUACCCUUUCACUAUAUAUUUAGAGUAUGUAGAGACGAGUUGAGCAACACUCUCCCAGAGUUACUGAAGGUCAAAGUGAAGUGAUGUGUUGCUAAGUGUGGUGACCCAUACUCAGAAUUUAUGCUCUGCAUUUAACCCAUCCUAGUGCACACUAGUGUUGGGCCGAUAGACGAUGCCAUCGUAAUGCCCCCCCUGGCCCUGCCCCUUUUUGAAUGCACAAUAAUUUUUUAGUUUCACUAUCACUCAAGAUUCGUGAUCGCACUGUUAUGAUUUAUGAUAUUUUGAUCUUGAAAUCAUGUGCAGUUUGAACAGCCUUAAUCAUGCUGCUCUUAGAAUUUACAGUCCUUUGUCUUUAAGAUUAAAAUUCUCCAUGAUAACAGCGCUUUUCUAAAAUAUGAUGUUCACAUUCAGAGUGUUUAAAUAGUAAGACUUUGCCUCCUUUGUUAAAACUCUCUCAAAACCUCUUGUUUUGCCUCUUGCUUGAAGCAAUAGCUCAAACUUGCAUUGGCUUAAGUACAUAAACCGAAAGC